AUGGGCUUGCGUUUUCCCAUGAGGAUGGGUUUGGACAAGAAAAACCUGCCUCCUGUAGAGUGGGUCAUGGACGUGCUAGGGAAUACAGCCUCGGUGGCUCAACUCGUCGGGACCGUCGGAAGGCUCAUCUCCAAGAUCAUUGAUGCAGCGAGGACGGCACGCCAGAACAAGCGGGAGUGCGAGUACCUCACGGUCCGCCUGUCCGUCAUCGGCGAGGUGCUGCCUCGCCUGCCGCAGCACGCGGAGGUGAAGCGGUCGCUCACGGAGCUGGGCAAAACGCUGGGCGAGGCGCACCAGCUGGUCCUCGCCUGCCAGAACUGGAGCACCGCCAGGCAGCUCAUCGCGGCCAGCCGCCACGCCGACAGCUUGAAGGAGGUCAACGGCAGGAUCGACUCCCACAUCGGCCUCUUGAACUUGGUCUUCACCACCUCCGGCAGCGGUGACCAAACCCGCCCUCCCUACCACACGGAUACGGCGUCACCCGGCUGCUCCUCGGGCGGCCCUGCUGCCCCCGUGAGGCUCACGUGGGCGCAAAUUGCAGCGGCGACCGAUUACUUCGCCGACGAAAUCAGCCGACGCAGCUCUGAGGUGCUGUACAAGGGCCGUCUCCGCGAUGGCACGGAGACGGAGGUGGCCGUCAAGGUGCUUAGCAAGAACGGGCGGCAGGACGUGGAGGGCGCGGUCGUGGCUGAGGUCGAGAUCCUCUUCCCCCUCAGCCACCCACACAUCGUGCGACUCGUGGGCUGGUGCUCCGAGGAGGACGACCGCAUCAUCGUCUACCACCACGAGCAUAUGAGCAACGGCACGCUCAGAGACCACCUGCUGCGCCUGCGCGUGCGCGUGCGCGUUCAAGCGCGCCUCAGGGGCGGCUCUAGCUUUAGCUCGUCGCCGGUGAGGUCGACCUGGAAGGCGCGCGUCGAGGUGCUGCUGGGCGCAUCGCGAGCCGUCGAGCACUUGCACCGUUGUGGGGUCAUCCACCGCAACGUGACCUCGUUCAACAUCCUGCUGGACGCCAGCUGGGCGCCGCGCCUGUCCGGCUUCGGCCAAGCCAUCUUGCUGGCGGCGCCCGGAGACCAGGUCGACACUGAGGUCGUCGGCAUGCCUGCUUACGUCGACCCGGAGUACCGCCGCACUGAGCGUGUGAGCGCGGCGAGCGACGUGUACAGCUUCGGGGUGGUGAUACUAGAGACGCUGACGGGGGAGGAUGCCGCCACCAUGCAGAUGGACUCGGUGCUCCUGGCCAUACGGAACAGGAAGCUACGGGAUGUGCUGGUCCGCCGCCCCGCGGCGACGCCGCGGCAGCUGGAGGCGCUGGAGCUCGUGGCGCACACGGCAGAGUGCUGCCUGUUUUCGGAUGGGAACGACCGGCCUGCCAUGUCGAACGUUGUGGCCAACCUCGCGAGGGCGCUCACGAUCAUAAAUACUAAGCAGUCAGUAAUUAGCUGAAGCUAGCUAUUAUGUGGGCGGGGUAGCUAUUCGUAAGUUGCCUCACAGCCGGAGGAGAGGCCGGAGGACGGGAGGAACAAGGUUGCUGCCUUGCUGGAGGAGGAAGAAGAAGAGGCCGGAGGAAGAAAAACAAGUCCCGGCCGUUUGGAUCUCAAUCCAACGAUGAGGAAAAAUCGACGGUGAUGGCGAUGACAAUGGCGACGGCGACGGCUCACCAAAGUUAUAUACAUUCGGUCCUUAUUACAUCAUUCGGGCAAGAGAAAAGUAUGUUUUUGGUCCCUCAAGUUCCCAGAAAGUAUAGACUUGGUCCCUCAAGAUUUUUGAUACAAA